AUAGUUAUGACAGAUGUGUGAUUGGUGAAACACAAAAAUAAAUUUAUUAAUUGUAUGAAUGUGAUUGUGCUAUAUGAAAUAAAACAGUUGAAGGAUAUAGCAAACAAACAUUUACUCCCAUUCAUAAAAUACACAAGUAAUCUGUGCCUUGUUUAGUGUUUUGCCGAUUGUGCAAAAGCAAUGAGAUCAUCAUAGUAAAAAAUAUUCGUGGAAAAAAAAUUACCUGGGAACCUAGGAGGAUUCGAUGACAGGGGAGAAGUAGGACUAACAUGAGCAUACGUGGCAAUAGUGAGAACUGCGUGGAGGAGCCGGUUGCUCCAGAAUGGCUUUCGAAACUGGAAAGUCGCCGGGUGCAGCGUGCAACAAAGUUGAGUCACGAAGUAGGUGCCGGUGCACCCUGUGGCGAAUGUGGUGACAAAUGUCCUGGCUUGGAUUUACAUUUUUGGCGUAAAGUGUGCCGUAAUUGCAAGUGCCGUAAGGAUCAACACAAAUGUGUUGAUGAUGAUCUAUCGUCAUGGGCACAGUUUGAGAUUUUGGGACAAAUUUGUUCAAAACCAGCUUUUAUUAAGAUUAAAGCUCUCGCAAGCCAACCCGUUCAACUAGAAUGGGUGCCGCCGAAUACAACACCAGAUGUCGUGUCCGAUUAUAUGGAUAAAUUGGGUGCCGCCAAGGUGCCGAUCGCGGGCAGCGAUGCGGCACAAAAGCGUAAACAACAACUGGAAUUCCAAGUGCCGCCGCACGAUUUGAAUGCCGAACUUUGCGACAAUCUAACAGAAGCCGAAGCCGCACAACUUCAGCAAUAUGUAGUAAAAAUACGAGAAAAUUGCGUUGGGCAGGGCGUUGUUGUACGCAUCGGAAACAUGGGCAUAGGCUUUGUUGAGUAUAUAGGACCACAACAACAAAAUAUGUUAAACGGUAUUGAUGCUUACAAUGUACCGUCGAAUGCUCAACAAAUCCCAUUUAAUGCUGCUCUGUGCAGCGAUGCAAAUGAACUAUCCUUUCACUCGCCGCUGCCGGUUAAAAAUCUAGCAAAUGCGCGAUUUAGCGCUCAAAUGCGCCAAGAAACUCCGGCACGGAAACUGAAAUUUGGAACUGUGUGUAAUUUGGCCAAUAUGUGCGGUCUGCCAGUAAAUGUUGAUUAUGAAAAAGAUGCUGUUUUCGCACAAAUACUUCAUUCGGAGCCACUUAAAAAAGCCCUAGAAAACAAAAGCAAGGGGUUGCCCAUCACACCAGUAGUAAUUUCACAAACGCAAAUGUUGCCAGACUUUAUGAAUGCGUCCAUUUUGAGUCCAGCCAGUAAGCAGAAGCUCAAAGAGAUUGGCGUCAAUGUAAAGGCGGUGCAAAGUGCCUUAUUGAAUAGUCCAUUUUAUGAUGCACUCUACGAUACACUUAAACAAAAUGAUAUCAAAUAUGAGGAUUGUAGUGUUUUAGGCCCCAUACAAGAACUAAGAGAAGAGGUAUUAGUUAAUCGGCCAGUCGCAGAGGAGCUUAGUAGUUUUGUGUCGCAAUUGCCAAACAGCGCUGCCAUAAUGUACACGAACCCUACCGAAAAUAGCUUGGGAAAGUCGGGGCUUAGUGGUUCCAGCAGCAAUGACUCGGGCUUUGGCUCCAAAGCCUCAACGCCGGUAGGUAGCGUCGACACACUGGGAGGUGGCUUACCAAGUGCCUUGCAACAAAUGCGUCUAACUAACAAUGUGAUGAAAGAGUUGCCGCCACCAGUCGUGAAAUGUCGUGAUUGUGCCAAGCCCAUACCACUGGGCGAUGUCGCUGUUAAAGCCGAACGCGCCGGCAAAGAAAUAGCUUGGCAUCCUGAGUGCUUCAAGUGUUACACAUGUCGCGAGUUGUUGGCUGAUUUGGUCUACUUCUUUCAUGGCGGGCAAGUAUAUUGUGGUCGUGAUUUGGCCAUCAAUUUGAAGAUACCGCGUUGUAAAGCAUGCGAUGAAUUGAUUUUCACAAAGGAGUAUACUGCUGCCGAAGGCGCUACAUUCCAUAUUAAACAUUUUUGCUGCUAUCACUGCGACACUCCACUAGCUGGACAACAGUAUAUACCCGAUGAAAAGACCAAUAUGCCAUUAUGUCUGAAAUGUUACAAUGAAUUCUUUGCGGCAACUUGUCAACGUUGCAAUCGUCAAAUCGAACCGACCGAUCAGGGUGUCGCCUGGGGUGAUGUGCACUGGCACAGUGGCUGCUUCAUUUGUGCUGGUGUGCAAUGUGGCAAAUCGUUGAUCGGCGGACGUUUUUGUGUAAAACAGAAAAUGCCUUUUUGUAGCCCAACAUGUGUUAGGAGUAUUAUAUGAAAUAAUUUUAAUAUACAACUAAUAACUUAGUUUUACUGCAAAGGAAGUAUUCAGCACAACACGAACAAUUACAUAAUUCCUAUUUAAAAUACAUUUAUAUGUCUACAUAUUUUUACACACUGUAUUUUUACAUGUAUGCCAGUUUUUAUGCACACUUUAAAGUGACACGAAAUAUACUUAUACAUUUUUUAAAUA